AUGCAAGAUGGCAAACCAAAUUCCUAUCACCCCAAACAGGCAAGAGUUCAGGACGAGAGGUGUCCCUGCCCACACGUCUCCCGCCAGAAGGCAAGGCGAAGCGAUGGCUUCGGGCCCACCAGCAGAGGGGCUUCGUUACCAGGCCGACAGCACCCUACGUUCACGACGCCUGGGCUCCGGGCCCAGCCGCCGCUGCACAAAGGCCGCGACUCCGCGUGGCCCAGCCCGCCUCGCGCGCUGCGCCCCGCCCCGAGCCCCGGCCUGCGGCCUCGCCCGGGAGGGGAGGAGGAAGGGAAGGGCGCAGCCUCUCCAGGCCGCAGCGCCCGCUACUCGCGGGGCGCCCCUCGCGCCCCGCACCUACCUGUGGCGCCCGCGACCUGCCCGAGCCGCCCGCAGCCCGACCACAGACGGCCGACCCUCACCGCCCCGGCUCCGCCGCAACCCGCCAAGGCCCUCGCAAGCUCUAGGCUCUUGAGACCAGCUGCCGCGCGGACGAGCGGAGGGCGGGCAUUAUCGGCGCGCGACCAAUACCGGCGCACGGCCGCCGCGCAUUGGGGGAGCCGGGAGCGGGCUGAGGAGGCCGCCAAUCGGCGGCGCGAGGUGCGCGCGGCCCAAUUGCGAGGCGCGAUGGCGGACGCGUGGGCGGGACCAGGCGCCAGCCCUGAGGAGCUAACGACUGUGGCCCAGGAGGGGCUGGGCGCGCGGAGGGGUGCGGCCGCAGGGAGCGCCGGGAGAGAGACUUCCACUCAGCUGACAGCACCAUCCAGGAAAUAGCUGUUGACUACAAACUGCUCCAAAAGGCUGUGAGCCCUGGACAUGCUGAAAACUGAUGUGGACCAGUCCAGCCAAUGUGAUUGUUCCCUGCCUCUUCAGCUGGGUCAGUGAACCAGAUGCUUCUGAUGAAUGCCACCCACUGCCUGGACCCCCAGCCCUUGGUCUCCUGACAACAAUGUCCUAAUUUCUGCCGAGAAGCGGUGACAGAAGUAUGUCACCCCGUCUCCUCAAGGCUGGAAUGUUAAGUCUAAAGGAAACUGGAAGGGACCACACCUUGUUAUCUUGACCACCCCCACUUCUGUCAAAGUAGAUGUUGUCGGCACCAUCACGCCAGAUCAAAUAUCAUCGCUGAUAAUAACCCAGCUGCAGAGAAAUGGCCCAUCACAAAGGCUUGAGAAGAUCCACUAAAGAUAAGACUGGUGUGGGUUGCAGACUAAUGAUGUUAUUUUGUCUGGCUGUGUUCCCCCACACACACAGUGCUCUUUCGUGGGAUAUAUGUCUAGAUCCUCCCAUAAGAGCAAAUGCAAAACUUGCCAUAAAUGUCUCACAGCUCCUGGUCACAUGACCAUCCCUUCAUGUGACAACAUGUGAUGUCAGGUGAACAUCCCUUCAUUCUCCUCGCAGUUGAAACUGUUCAGUUUGGAUGUGAUGGUGGAUUAUGUCCCUGCUUAAUUAUCUAGCAUAUACAUCAAGCCACAAGAUUUUGUAUCUUCGUAUUCCUAUUUCCCGGGACAGUCUGGCAGGGAGAGAGCACUUAUGUGCAAAUCUUUCCAGCCCCCAGAGGCAGAGAGAAAUGUGCAGUUCCUCUCCUCAUAACCCUCAUAGCAAGCUUAGGGUUGGGAACAGCUGGAAACCUCUCAAGGCAGCAGGCACGGCAAUGGCCGUAUGACAGCUACAAAAACUUAGGCUGUCAAAUAACCCAGGGUUUAUUUGCAUUAGAAGGGUCCAUUGCAAAAUUAGAAGACUGGGUUGGCUCAUUAGCUGAGGUAGUCUUACAAUAUUGUAGGGCACUUGGUCUGCUUUGUGCAGAACAAGGAGGUUACUGUAUGGUCUUUGGGGAAACUUGCUGCUUCUAUGAAAACUACUCAGGAAUUACCAUGAAUAAUUUAGCCAAAAAUACCUCACAGAGAGGGGAAAGCCCUAUAAGGAGGAAAUAAAUGCCACCCCUUUUCUUUCUUGCGUUCUUCAAGCCUAGUAACACAACUGUCAGCCACCAUAGGGCCCUUAGCUUCUCUGUUCCUGCUGAUUAUGGUUGAUCCCUGCAUCAUUAAUGCCUUAACAAAAUAUAUAAAUUCCCACUUAGGAAAUGAUGUGAAUUAAGUCCCAAUAUGAACAGGUACCCAUCACAGAGUGAAGGAUUUGACUUAAGACUUAACUCAAGGGGGGAAUAUGAUGGCUAACUUUAUGUUUAAACGUUUAAAAUCUCUCCGCUUAAGAGAACUAAAAUGCAGUUGGAAGUGGCACAUGCCUUUAACCUCAGCACUGCAGAGACAGAAAUAGGUGGAUCUCUGUGAGGCCAGCCUGCUCUACAGCACGGGCUCCAGGACAGAGAACUAAAAAGCAAAAUUAGACUUCUAAAUGUUAAGGGUUGUUAAGAGUUAAUUUUUUGGGGCUGGAGAAAUGGC